AGCCAGCACGUUGAAACCAGACACCCUUUUCAUUCAUGCAGUCAAACUCAGGCUCCUCUUAUCUGUGACACAGCUUUAGGCAAUCCAUACCUAACCCUUUUAAUAUUAUUACCAGAUUUGCAGCCUAUUAACAUAUUAUUUAUUUAUUUUGCAAAAAAAUUAAAUUAAAAUAAAAUAAAAGAGUGCCAGAGCUGGGGGCUGCCCUGUCUCCCAGUUGUAUUCUCCUUGUGCUUGCCGAGUGGGAGGGUCAUGCUGUGUGAGACUAAUAAGGACAGAGCUGCAUCCCCUUCUCCCACUCUUAAGAGACUCCAGCAACUCCUCAGCAACUACAGCAGAUUUGGACAGGCAUUUGCUGUGCUUCUGGGGGAAACUUAAUAAAUAAAAAUUGAAGAUUUCUGAACGUUUGUUCACAUGUGUUCGAGAGGAGAUGAAGGCUACUGGAUUUUGCAUAAUUCAGCUUUGGCUUGCAAUCCUCCUUUUUCCUGUCUCUCAUUCUAUGGCAGUCACUGACAAAACAGGUUUUGAUUUAGCAGAAAGCUUUUCUUUGAGGCAGAUUUCAUGUGGAACUGGAAAACCCUGUUUUAAACUGGGAAAUGCACCUCUGAUCAGAGACUCUCGGCAAGUGUUUCCAAAUGGACUUCCAGAGGAAUACUUCUUAACAGCCACAUUCCGUCUUAGAAGGAGCAGCAAAAAAGAACGAUGGCACUUACUGCAAGUUUUAGAUCAACGCAACUUGCCACAGGUUUACAUUACUGUUGAUGGUUCAAAGAAGGUUGUAGAGUAUGUUGCACAAUCCACCCAAGGGCACUCCCUGCGCUACACUUUCAAAAGCCAUGAAAUACAUUCAGUCUUUGAUCGGCAAUGGCACAAACUCAGCAUUAGCGUACAACCGAGGAUGGUUUCCCUGUAUGUGGACUGCAGUUUAAUUGAGCACAGGCAGACUGAUGAAAUAGCUACUGCUGACUUCCAAGGGAAGAUUCUUAUUGCUACCCGCUAUUUAGAUGGCAAGCCUGUAGACAUUGAACUUGGUCACAUGAUCUUGUAUUGCAAUCCCAGUCUUGCGGAUCAGGAGACUUGCUGUGAAGUUUCUGAGAAUAUGUGUUCUUUGGAAGAAAGCUUGAAAACGACUACAGUGUCACCAUCAACUGCUCCUGUUGGUGAAAUACAUGCACUUCCCAUGAUGGAAAAAAAACCUGAAGAAAAAUGCUUUUGCCAUCCAAAUAAGGGAGAAGUAGGAUUGCCAGGUGUAUCAGGUUUGCCAGGCCAAAAAGGAGAAAAGGGUGAAGAAGGAGCUAAAGGAGAAAAUGGCAUCCCUGGUAUUCCGGCAGAAAAGGGAGAAUCUGGUCUGAUUGGUGCCCCUGGUGUUCCUGGUAUUUCUGGUGAGAAGGGUGAACAUGGCUUGAAAGGUGACAAAGGCGAUGUGGGUGAACAGGGUGAAAAGGGAGAUAAAGGAGAGCAAGGGUCAGAUGGAACACCUGGAACAGACGGUUUGAAAGGAGAUCUGGGUGAUCACGGAAUGCCUGGUCCAAAGGGAGAAAAGGGUGACAUGGGACUACCAGGACCAGCUGCACUUAGUGGCAUGCCAGGAAUAGAAGGUCCUCAAGGCCCUCCUGGAAAUGAAGGUCAGAGGGGACGCCGAGGCAAGCCAGGAGCCCCUGGAAAAGCUGGACCGCCAGGGCCACCUGGUCCUCCAGGUGUUCCAGGACUUCCUGAUUCCUUUAAAGGCCCAUAUUAUCAGAGUCAUCAUGAAGAAAAGGCCUCAAAAGGUGAAAAGGGGGAGCCUUCUGAGAAAGGAGAAAAAGGGGACCCAGGUGCACCAGGGGAGACUGGUCCUCCUGGGCCUAUUGGUAGUCCAGGACCUCAGGGACCCCCAGGGCAAGCUGGUCCUAGAGGACAACCAGGAGAAGUUGGAUUACCAGGAGGACAUGGAAUACCUGGAAAACCAGGAGUUAAAGGAGAAAAGGGGGACGCUGGUGGGAUCAUAGGUCCUCCUGGGCUUCAAGGUUCCAAAGGUGACAUAGGACCUCCGGGACCAAGUUUUCCAGGAAGACCAGGACCUGCAGGCACGCCUGGGCCAAUAGGUCCACGGGGACCCAAGGGUGAAAGAGGUCUUCCUGGGGUGCAAGGGCCUCCUGGAGAGACAGGGCCAGCAGGAAACGGAACCCAAGGUCCUCCUGGUCUUAGAGGGUCUCCUGGUGCACCAGGGUUCCCGGGCCCAAGGGGACCACCUGGAUUACCAGGGACUCCAGGAACCCCGGGUCUUGAUGGCAUUCCAGGACAUGAUGGAAAGCCAGGACUCCCAGGACCUCCAGGUGACCCAGUUGCUCUUCCUCUUCUUGGUGACAUGGGUGCUUUGUUGAAGGGUGAUGCUGGUCCAAGAGGUCCUCCAGGAAUCCCAGGUAGAGAAGGGCCCAAGGGGAAUAAAGGUGAACGUGGAUUUCCUGGACUUCCUGGAGAGAAAGGUGAUGAGGGUCUUCAAGGUAUUCCAGGGCUUCCUGGCAUUGUAGGACCUGCAGGACCUUCUGGGGCAUUAGGGAGACCCGGCCAUCCAGGAUCACCUGGAACAAAAGGUGAAAAGGGAAACCAGGGUGUUCCUGGGAAGCCUGGACCUCCUGGCCCACCUGGAGUGCCAUACAAUGAAAGAAAUGGCAUGAGCAGCCUCUAUAAACUGCAGGGGGGUACCAAUGCUGCAAGUUAUGCUGGUCCACCUGGCCCUCCUGGCCCAAAGGGUGACACUGGAGCAACGGGAGAAUCAGGCCCAAUGGGGCUUCCAGGACUAGAAGGACUUCAAGGAGAAAAGGGAGACCAAGGCCCAGCAGGUUCUCCAGGGGUCCCAGGAAUACCUGGUAAGCAUGGUGCACCGGGGCCGGCAGGAAUGCCUGGAGAGCCAGGUGAAAGGGGCCCUAUUGGAGAUAUUGGCUUUCCUGGACCAGAAGGACCACCAGGCAUACCAGGCAUAAAUGGAAAGGAUGGAUUGCCUGGUCCCCAGGGUUUACAGGGAAAAUCAGGUGACAGAGGCCCUAAAGGAGAAAGAGGAGAUCAAGGUAUACCAGGAGACAAGGGCCCUCAAGGCGAAAGAGGAAAACCUGGCCAAUCAGGAGACAAAGGGGAUGUAGGACUGAUGGGACCUCAAGGGAUCAAAGGCCACGCAGGAUCGCCAGGUCACAAGGGCCCUCCAGGUUCACCGGGAGUCCCAGGCUUACCGGCAGAUUCAGCUUUAUUUGAAGAAAUGAAAAAAUAUAUCAGACAAGAGGUUCUUCGUGUUUUUGAAGAGAGGAUGGGUCACUUUAUGUCCCAGCUCAAGUUGCCAGCUGCCAUGCUAGCUUCCCAAACACAUGGAAAACCAGGUCUUCCAGGAAAGGAUGGCCUCCCUGGACCACCUGGAGAACCUGGACCUCCAGGCUACAGAGGACAGAAAGGUGAAAGAGGUGAGCCUGGAAUUGGCCUGCCAGGUGAUCCUGGCCCACCUGGUAUUUCAGUCCCUGGUAUGCCAGGCCCUCCGGGACAACACGGACCGCCUGGGCCAGCAGGACGGUGCAACCCAGCAGACUGCUCUUCUCCUGUCUCUCAAACACAGCCACGGACAACUGGGAAGUGAACAUCUUCUCUGAAGAUAUUUUGAUUGCUGGCUUCCUGGGCCCUUUCUUCACUCCUCCUCCUGCUCUCCCCACCUAAUAAUGAAUUUAAGCUUUAAAAUAUUUGGUGCAUUUUUGUCCAUAUGCGUUAUACUGUGCAUAGACAUUUUACAGAGAAUCUCAGUAGAAUAAUUCUUUUCUAGGAUUAAGCUAAUGCUGAGACGUUGUUUUCUUGCGUUCAUUCCAUGUGUUUAUACUUUUAGGCUACUUUUUAAAAAGACUUUGGUGUUGUUGUUUUUCUUGCAUCAUGAUGGCCUAUUGAUCGACGAAUGGUUUUUAAUUUAUUGCUUAGGAAAAGAAAAUUUACUGAAUGACAGUUUUCUGUUUGUUUGUUUUUUUACUCCUGCAUUUCUACUAAAUAUCAUAGUUGUGUUUGUUUCCUCUUUUUCCCAUUCCCUAUCCCUUUUCCUGUUUUUUCCCCCUCUGUUGUGAAAAUAUUUUCUGAUCUGUUACUUCCACAUAUUACCCUAAGAAAUGGGCUGGUAAAAUUGUAUGCUGGGCAUUAGUUGAUGCUUUUAUUUGUGCUUAAGAAAAGUACCUGAGCCACUGAGAUUUCCCAUGCUCCCUUUGCCCUUGUGCAGUCUUGGCAAGAAAAUUGUUAAAUAGAGCCACUCUGCUGAAAACAUUUUUUCAUGGGAAGCUGAAACAAAAAACAAAAAGGACCUUUUGGGCAGAUCUCCCAUUAAGGAGAGAAUACAGAAUGUACUGUGCAGUCAACUCUCUUUUCUUCACACAAUUUAGAUGAGCUAAACUGGAUCCAUUGAAUCAGAGAAACUUGCUUAGUCAAUGCUUACAUAUGCUUUACUAGGCUUGCUAUAGUUGAAAAUUAAAAGUUACUUAGAGGAGUAAUAAUUAUACAUUAAUCCAACUCCAUCCAAUUGGGAUUUCCUCCAGAUUUAUUGGCUGCACAAUCAACAUCAUCCACAGUAGGCAUGCCAACAAUUGCUGGAGAGGUUGAGUUAUCAUUUAUGACCUCAUCAGACAGGCUGCUUUGCCCGUCGUAUGCAGCUUCACCUCCCUUUAUGGCUCAGAGCCUUUCAUACAACUUAACGGGACGUCCCACCAGGCUCUGUGCAGAAAAUAGAGGUGAAGCAGUGCUAUGCCACUACUAUGGCAACACAGGAGUCUUCCCUAUAAUGGGAAGAAGCUGGGUGGCAAUGCUUUGCCCCAUGAGAUGAGGAGGAAGGUAAGGCAGGUGAUGUGGGGUGUGGAGCGGUGGCUUAUCAUAAGAUCCCUAGUACAUCUGAAGGACGGCAGAUUGAGGAAACCUAAACCAAUCCAAUAAAAACCUAAGAGUUUAUAUCUUAUUGCAAUAUGUGAAGGUAAAAGUCUUGUAACGCUAUAUUGGGUAGCUGUACAGGUCACUUCUGACUGAAGGAAAGUGUCUACCUUGGUGUGCAUUUCAUCAGAAAUAUUUGCUUUUGUUCCCUUCCUUGGUUAAAAUCAGAAGAUGAAGUUCAAACUCUAAUAAUGGCCAAGCUUGAACAUAUUGACUAGAGUUAAAUUUCAAAACCCAAGAGCAUUCACACAAUCUGGUUUGGCAGACUGGGCACACAACCUUUCUGUUUGAAAAAUUCAGUGACUGGGGCACUUUGACAUUUCACUUCCCUUGGGGAUAAAAUGAUCAUACGCAAUAAAGAGAAAGAGAUGUGUUGAGCAGAGAUAUUGCAUUUGUAAAAGGUAAACUGUGCCAGCUAGGGCUAACCGAGAAAAAAAGAUUGAUUAAAAUAGAAAUUACUGCAGGAAAUCAUCUUGCUAUCCUCUACUGUCCCUGGGAUGAAUGUAGCUGCCAAAACUUCUUUGAAAUUAUAUGGAUCCUUAUGCUUUGGAUUAAAAAAAAUCUCAUCUUUACACUGGCAAUUUUGCCUCCUCCUCCUUCUGCCUCCUCUCCCCACCUUCUUCUUCCUUUUUGUUCAUAUUCUGCCAUUUCUUUCCAGGCCAAAACUAAAUUCAGUUUACAAAAAAAACAAAUAUAGAUAAAACUAAAAAUCACGCAAAAGGAUAGCUUUGAAAUGUAAACUGCCCAAAUAUAAAGACAACUUAAAACAUACCAUUAAAAUAACUUUUGAAGUUAGAAUUAAAAGCAGUUUUAUAAUAAUAAUAAUAAUAAUAAUAAUAAUAAUAAUAAUAAUAAUAAUAAUACAACUUUAUUCUUAUAUCCCGUCACCAUCUCCCCGAAGGGAUUCAGUGUAGCUUACAGAUGGCACAAAGUGCCUAAAAACAACAUAAGAGUGAGCACAAUAUAAAAUACAAUAAAAUAAAACACAUGCACAUAUAAAAACAUCAACUCAGACUCAGUCAAACUGCGGUCUUCUAACCGUGGUGGUAAAUUGCUCUAAACAUAGCCAAGCUGUAAACGUCAGGAAUAAAAUAAGUGGGAUAAAAUAAGUACUUCACUGCUGAUUCCAAAUCACUGGAAUCAAGUGAUUUCAACUUGAAUUGAGUAUUUUUUCAAUAUUAUUUAAUUUAGAAAUCAGAAUUUGUUGUAGACAUUGUUAUAAGACAGUGAUUUAUUUUAGUUAUAAUCUAUAUAAAUGUUCUAGUUUGGAAAAUUAUACGUAAAAAAGGAUAAGAUAUCUUUUGGCGCUGUGUGUAUAUUUUGGGUUGUAGCCAAUUGAACUUAAAGCUUUAGUAAGAUACCUGACAUUAUUGUGUACAGGUUAUUUUCUUUGAAUUAUUCAAAAAGUAUCUUUUUAUAUUUUGGGUGAAAAUAAUUUUUAUUAACAUCAUUUUUUUAUUUUUACUUGUGUGUAAGUACACGUUUUAUGAGGAAAAAUAUUUUCAAUGGACUGAAAAUUUUAACGGAUGUAGGGGUUGUUUUGAUGUGAUCCAAUGAAAUGAUGUGAUCCUACGAAAUGUUUGCAGAAGACAUUGUAUGUCCUUGUACAACAGAACAGGCAUGAAAAUGGCUCUCAUCUUGAGAUGCUGUGCCACAAUUUGCAUAAAAAUCGUGCCACAGCUCAUACUAAUGCAUAUCUUAUAACUUUGUGAAAGAGCUUAUACAAGAGCAGAGUACAAUGUCCUGCUAACAUAGAAUCACAUCCAUAGAAUCACAUCCUUUCUUUUUAUUGCUUUUAAAACCAUGUAUUUUUUUAUUUUAUUGUUGCUACACAAUUCUAUUUUCUUAUUAUAUCUAAAUACAAUAAAUCAGGGAAAACUGUAUAUUCUUUUAACUGAGGCCACAUGAUGACUUGAAACAUGCACUCUCCCCCCCCCCCUUUUAUUAUUAUUAUUAUUAUUAUUAUUUAAUGUGUGCUGAGGAGUACCAGGCUGCAACUUCAGUUUAUUUUUAACUCUUUUAGUAAAGAAUCAAAAAGUUUGUGUCUUUAUUUUCUUCUCGUAAUUGCUUUGGUCACCAAUUCUAUGCACAAAGGCACAGAACGUAUUCACUUCCUGUGAAUUCUGCACACACAAAAGCCUCUCUUCUGAAUCAAUUUAACUGGAAUGAAAGGUACAAUCAGUAACCAAAACAGAAUGAAACACAGGCAGACUUAUGCCACCUGUGGUAUCUGUUGAGGUCAUUUUAUUCAUUUCUAUCUACACAAUUAGAAGUGAAAACAGUUCUUGCAUUAGGGAGAUAUCUUACAUAGGACUCCUGAGUGUGCAAAGAUGGUCAAAUUGUUGUUCACUGUGAACUUGAGAUCUUCCUGUGAUGAAAGUCUUUUCUUCUUCCUCUUCAGUCACUGAUCAUCUUUUUCUAAGAGAGGAGAUGCUAUUAUUUCCUAAUAAGAUCAGGAUUAAUUACUGUAGACUUCGAAUGUCAUAUUGAAGGCCUUGCCUUUGUGGUGUAGAUUCUCUCCAUGCUACCUUGAGCAUUAAGGCUGGAAUAUCAGGAGGAGUCCUGUUGGUGACAUAAACUAGUGGUAUACCAAUGUAGGGAAUGUUAGGGGCAUUGUGAAAAGAGGUAUGAACACCUCUUGUUCAACACAAUUUCCUCCAAAAAGAAGCUUCCUGGUACUCCCCUACCAUUUAGUGACUAGGGAAGUGUGACCAGACCGCAUCUACUAGUAGCAAAUUGACAACCAUGAGUAGAGAGGAGAUACUGAGUGUACAUAAAGCCUGAUUAUCCAGAAACCUCCUGAUCUCCUUCAUGGAGUUAUUCUUUAAUAAUAGAGAGUUGGGACAGAAGGGAGAGCCCCACAGAAUUGUGCAAACAGACCAUUUUGUUCUGCCAGUGUGGUGUGGGAUUUUGUCCUAUUUGUCACGUUAUGUGGAGGCCCAUUGGCUUGGGAACCAUGUUUUAUGUUGGUAGCAGCAAUCUAAUGGUAUAAUUCUGUCCCUCUGAGAAACCCUACUAGGUAAUGAAGGAAAGGGAAUAAGGCACCAGAUUCAGCCUAGUCCUGAUCCCUUGGUUUAGAUAUAUCACUAAAAUUCAGAAAGAAAUCGGGCUAAAGAGAAAUAGAUGUUGGUAAUGAAUUGCAUGAAGGACAUUGGUUCCUUAAGUCCCACAUUUUUUAAAAAAAUUGUGCUUCAAAUGUAUUUGCUCCAAACUUCAUACAAUUUUCUUCUCUAUAUGUCUUUAUGCUUGCUCAUUUUGGCUGUUGGCCGUUACUCAAGUUUGGAAGUUAUAGGUUAGUGUAAGGCCAUUCAUGUUUACACUGUUUUAUCUUUUUGUGCUCUUUACGGUAAUAUUGUUUAGAGAAGCAACUGCCAAGCAUUUUGUUCUACCAGAAUCAUAGUUCAUAAAAUACAAUGUGAUAUCAUCCAUAUAUUCCUUCAAAUCAUAAUCAUAGUUAGAGUGGAAGCCUAUUGUAUGUGACUUGUUAAUCACAACCAUUGGGCUUUUUAAGGUACAACUGCUGUUAGAUUUCACCCAAACUGUUUAAGAUUAACUCAGUAUUUUCUUUAAUGAACACCACAUACACAGAUUUUAUUUUUGGUUUGUCUAAAAAAACCAUUUAGCUACUGUAGUUUAGUGAAUGUCAUAAUCUUGCAAAGCUCUCUGAGCUUUGUGCUAUACCUUCUUUAGUCCACCUGGUGGCAUGAAGCACACUUUUGUUUGUGCGCAUGGUUUAAUAGUGGUUGAAUUCCACAAAUGUAUAUAAGGCAGGAAACAGUGCACUAUAUAGAAAUUAACCUUGUACCAAGUUUCCGGUUUUGUCCUUAGAUUUAAUAUAUUUUUCUUUCCUUUUUUUCUUGUCUUAAAUUUUACAAUAUAUUUUGUAAUAACUUAGGGAACAAUUCAGGCAAGGUGUGUUCAAUCCCAUGGUUUCCAGCUGGAGAUGUUUGAGCACAUGCUUAUGUCUCCUAUUGGAAUCUAUGGGACCUGACAGUGUUGGACUUUGGUUGGAUCAUUCUCGUUGUGUUGCUUUAUCUUCCAGGAUAAAUGUGACCCAGUCACAAGGUAUAUAAUGUAGCUUGUAUAUAAUGUAGCAUAUAGGUGAAGUAAUGAAGCCAUGGGCCUGAUCUAACCCUCCCUGUGCACAUGACUUUGUGCAAAUAGGAGGGAAACUUCAUAGGGAAUCUACUGAGCCUUUUUCCUUCCAACCCUGUACCCCAUUUCUUUACGAUUGCAGUAUGUCUAUUUCAUUCUGACAUUAAUAAAAAUGUUUGUAAAUGAUGUGAAAGUUGUAUCCUAUUUAUCUUUGAUAUUAACAUUUAAAUAUCAAUAUUUUUCUAUAAAAAUUACUUGCUUUUAGGGUUAUUAUAAGCCUGAGUGUAGCAAGUUUGAUUUUUCCCCCUUUGUCUUAAGUCUUUUGUUUCCAUUUUAUUGUUGUAUGUAAUUGUUUUUUUAAUACAAAUCUUUUCUGGGUAGGCAACACUACUUUUUACAUCAACUAACUAUUAUCAGAACUUCUGGUUUUCAAAUUAGUUGCAAAACAGUGAAAUAAAAGUUGCAAGGAAAGAUGCUAUAUUUAAAAAGACCAAAUAAGUGUAGCGAAUUUACAAGAAGAAUUACUAUGAAGCCUAUAGUCUAACAGAGUUAAGUGUAGUUCGUUUAUCUGAAUGGACUUAGCCACACUUUUAUCUCUGCGCUGGUUGGUUAUUGGGUUCACUUUUGUUUGAUCAAAAGUGUUUGCUGGGGUUUUUUUCUUUGUAGAUAGUUUGCAAAAGUUGAUGACCCCUUAUUUUAUUGUGAAAAUUCAUUUCUGAAUAACUACUCAUCCCAAAUCUAUCCGUCAGGUUCUGCUUUCUUCUUACCCACAAAUGCCAAAUUCAGUGGUUUGCACAAACUGAGCGGAUUUUUAUCUACUUGGUUCCUUUGGUCUUAAAUGCAUUUUGAAUUCAAUUGAAUUUAGCCUGAUAAUAUUAGGCCUGUUUUCUGUACAUUUCUAACUAUGCAUAUUGUUAUAUUUUACUUUAAAACAAUAGAUUGGUGGAUUUUCCAGGAUUUUAACAAAUUCUGAUGGAAUUUAAUGAGUUUUGAUGGAAUUAGCAAUUCUUUUGUUAAGAUUUGGCAAAGUAAUUUUCAUUCUUUUGUCAGAUUAUUUUAUUAUUUAUAUGAUAUUGCUAUGGUUACAAUAAAAGUAAAGUGAUGGAAGCAUGA